AUGCCGGGCAACCGCAUCAAGACGAUGAAGGCGCUCCAGUCGCGCAAGUCCAACAUCAACGGCCACAAGAUCCACCCCAACUCGCGCCGGGCCAAGCAACUGCAACGCGUCGAGUUGCGGACCCGGAAGUUGGAGGUGCAGGGCAAAGUGCAGAGGGUGACCGAGGUCAAGAGGGGUCAGUGAAAAGGAGAGACAGAACCUUCGGAGCGAAGUGGUCGGAAUUGAUGUUGGGGAUUUUUUGAUUUUUUUUUCUGUUGUCGAGCAGUCGACCGACAUCUCUGGUUCGUGCAUUCGAUCCCGGACGACCGAACUUCGCUCUCCUUGCCCGAACUGCACCAUACGAUCCACGACUACAUCCAUCGCGACGAGAUCGAGAUGGUCCAACUCGCGCAGGAGCGGACCGAACGGAGUUGGAGAAAGGCCGAACCCAAGAGCAAGAGGGAGGUCGAAUUGGAGAAGCAGCGGGAGCAGGAGAAGGACGAGUACAGGACCGGGUUUGGUCAGUUUCGUUUCCUGUCUUGGCUUGAACAUUAUAGGAUGGGAACUGAUACUGAAAAAAGAUGUCGCUUCUUUUACUCCCUACAGUCGUGCCCGAUCUGACGUUGGCGAAAAACGUUUACCUCUGUCGCCAAUGGAUCCACCCCACGCCGACACCCAAGAACCCGCAUCCCAACAAGGGUGGUGACCCUUCCUUCCUCGGCCGGUGAGUACAUAACUUUGACAGAUUUUUCUACGCGGGGGAGCAUUCCGGCCAAGUCCUCGUCCGGCCCCCCUACCUAUCUCUUUCCUGAUCAAGUCCCCUUUUGCUUUGAAAUCAUUCGACAGGAUACGACUGAUUAGGAUCAAUUCUGAGAACCAAGGCUCGGUCGUCGUCGAAUCAGAAGGAGCGAGGAAGGGUGAAUGGGAAGAAGAGGGGGAAGGGGAAGUCGAGAUGAUGGAGGAUCAGCACGAGCAGGAGGAGGGGGCUGAGGCUUGA